GUUCUGUUAAAUAUUUAUUUGUAAAUUUCAUUGCGAUUAGGUCAUCUGUUGAUCUCCAUUCAUGGCUGUGAUCUUCAUGCUUCUUACUUGUGAGAUCUUUUUUUUUCCGUUUUGUUUUUUUGGUGAACAUGUGAGAUCUUAAUUGAACUAGAAAAUUCUUGCAUUUUUCCAUCGAUUUGUGGCUUUCCACUUGCUUAAAGUUAUAGGGAAAGCAAGUUUGUAUUGUAUAUGUAUAUUGUCAUUGUGGCUAUCAGUUAGCUUUGUUGAUCAGGGCAGUAGCAAGAUGUUGUUUAUAUUUAUAUUAUACCAGUAUGAAAUUUGUGUUUUGCAUUGGGAUGGCUUUGUCUGGGAGGUUGUUACCUUCCAUACUUCAUGUUAAUAAUUUUUUUUUUCAAAAAGAUAGUUGUCAGUAUUGAUGGCCUUUCAAAAUGUCAAUUGGGGAUGGACCUUUUGGUGGACUUUGUAGUGUAUGAUUGGCACGUAACUUGCUGGAUUGCUUUCUAGAUUGAAAAAAUUGACAAUUGUUUGAUGUUUUCUGACUACCAUGCCGAGUCGACGGACCGUAAAACUGUUUUCUUAACUGAAAGCAAACGGUCCCGUUGAGAAGGUGACAUGGCUUCCGCGUGCACGUGGUCAAAUGCUCUGAGGCGGCAACGAAUUUACGAAAUUGUUCCAUGGAAGACGCCGUCAGCCUAACGUCACACUUUCUUCAAUUUAUUUUUGACACGCUCUAUUGUGCCAAAAUUUGCAAUUAGUCAGGCUGUUGCAGAGUUAACGCCGUCAGUUGGGUCGAUUCCCAGUUUCCUCGGAUCGCCCCUCCCUCCUCUUUUUCUGUGGUCUUCACAGCCUUUCAGGAGCCGAAAGCUCUCCAUAGACUAUAAAUAGCACCGAGUCGUUCGUUCGUUGGAAGAGUAAACAAGAAAAAUAAAACACGAAGGAAAGGAAAGAACGAACAAACCAAAAAUAAAGGUCGGAGGUUUCGCGGCUCCAAGAAGCCCAACAGUCUCCACUUGUCUCGGGCUCCCCGCAUUCCAUUCUCCUCUCCUCCCUCUCAAUCUCCUAUUUUCGGUCUCCAAUCUUGGCUGUCGAAGAGGAUGAUCUUUUCUUUUUCUUGGUUUUAUAUCGCCAGCAUUGUUCUUGAUCCUUCUUUGGAUAUUUGAGCUAAUCAAAGAUCCUAUCUGUUCCACUUCCUAGUUCUUUCUAGAGAGCCUUCUUUUGGCAGUUCGAAGGAUCAAAAAUUUCAAGAAUUUUUGGUGCGAAAUCGCCAGCGGAAUUGUUAACAUUGGCGCAAGAAUGAUCGCACCUCGCAUUUUUUUGAGAUUUCUUGGUUCUUUAGGAAGAUCGCUCAUCAUCUUGAAGUCUGGGAACAGGUUUGCCUCGUGGUGAAAUCGGUGGUCUGAAUCAACAUGCCUCCUGGUGAAGAUAAUGUGAACCUUGAUGCCGAUAUGGCUAAAAAGCGAUCAGAAGUAAUAGAGUGGCUCAACGACCUGUUCCCGGACUUCAGCAUGGCUCCGGAUGCAUCAGAGGAGGAAUUGAGGGCAGUGCUGUUUGAUGGUGCUGCGUUUUGUGCUAUUCUAAGGAGACUGAUCAGUCCCGGCAGCGCAGAGGAAGUAGAAUCAUUGGCUACUCAAAGCCUUUCCGGUACCUGAAUCAGAUAUAACAUGUGAUUUUAUGCUGCAGGUUAAAAGUGGUGGUUGUUCUCCAUCGGGGAGAUGCUUGGAAAAUAUAAAGAAGUUUAUUUCAGUUGUAGAGCAUAUGGGGUUGCCCAGUUUCAAAGUAUCAGACCUAGAGCAGGGACAUAUCUCUGCAGUAGUAGUGUGCCUUUUGUCCCUUAGGGAUCGUUUUAACUCUAAUCUUGGUGAAGAUAGAGAUACAAAUUUGCCAGCCAAGUGGGUAAUUGAAGCAAAGAAGAAGUUGGAGGUUAUGGAUGUUUUACGAGGAGAUAACACUCUAAGUGGGCAACCGUCUCGAAUUUUAGGAGAGGAAAGGAGACCGAGCCUCACGGAAGCAAAACUUCAGAGAGUUCUAAGAAGUCCUGUUAUGUCAGAGCCAGCAUCUGCUCUGUCUCAUCAUGCUGGACACAAGUUUCAUGAAGUUUUCCAGUUAAAACAGGGGCGUUAUUCUGAUCUUCCUCCUGCUAAGAUUUCAGAAAUGAUGAAAUCAAACAGUUUAGAUAAUGCCCCUACCCAGUCACUUUUGAGUGUUGUGAAUGGGAUUCUUGAUGAAAGCAUUGAGAGAAAGAAUGGGGAAAUACCUCAGCGUGUAGCAUGCUUGUUGAGAAAAGUGGUGCAAGAGAUUGAACGACGUAUUUCAACUCAGGCAGAGCAUAUUCGAAAUCAAAACAAUCUUAUCAAAGCACGUGAAGAGAAGUAUCAAUCAAGAAUCAAAUUGCUUGAGACACUAGCAACUGGGACAAAUGAAGAAACCCAGAUAUCAAUGAACCAGCUACAGCAGAUAGAGAUGGAGAAAAACAAAAUUGAAGAAAGAAAGAAAGUCAGUGAGGAAGAUGUGGUUAGGUUGAUGAAGGAGAAGGAGGAUAGUGAUAAUAUAGUUUCAAAACUUAAAGAGGACUUAGAAACAACAAAAAACUCAUAUGAACAACACUGUCAGCAACUGGAAACUAAGGCUAAGCAAACUAAAGAGGAAUUAGAGCGGAGAGUAAAGGAGGUUGAAUUCCUUUUAGCAGAGUCAAGGAAGAGGACAAAAGAACUCGAGACAUUUUCAGAAUCAAAAUCUCAAAACUGGAACCAGAAGGCAUAUGUUGUCCACAAUUUCAUAGAUUUACAACUGCAGUCAGUGCAGGAGUUGAGGAUGUCUUCUGCUUCCAUCAAGAAUGAAGUCAUAAAUACUCAAAAGAGAUGGUCUGAAGAAUUUACUACCUUUGGUAGGGAAAAGCUGAAACAAUUAACAGACGCUGUCAAAAAUUAUCAUACAGUUCUUACAGAAAACAAGAAAUUGUACAAUGAGGUUCAGGAAUUAAAAGGCAACAUCAGAGUUUAUUGUCGGAUAAGGCCAUUUCUUCCUGGAGAAAACCGAAAGUCAAGUACCAUAGAUUAUAUUGGGGAGGAUGGUGAGCUUGUUCUUGUUAACCCCUCCAAACAGGGAAAAGAUGGACAAAAGAUGUUCAAAUUUAACAAGGUUUAUGGUCCAGCUGCUUCUCAAGAGGAAGUCUUCUUAGAUACGCAGCCUUUAAUACGGUCAGUUCUUGAUGGCUACAAUGUAUGCAUCUUUGCAUAUGGUCAGACUGGAUCAGGGAAAACCUACACGAUGACCGGGCCUCACUCACCAACUGAGGAGGAGCGGGGUGUAAACUAUCGAAUUCUGAAUGACCUUUUUCAUAUUUCUCGAACUAGGAGAGACACUUUCAUGUAUGAAGUUGUUGUUCAGAUGAUUGAAAUAUAUAAUGAGCAAGUCCGUGAUCUCCUCAGCAAUGUUGGGAUUGCAAACACUUCUCAACCCAAUGGACUUGCAGUGCCCGAUGCAAGUAUGCAUCUUGUUCAAUCAACCUCUGAUGUGAUGGAUUUAAUGCAAACAGGACUGAAAAACAGGGCUAUGAGUGCUACUGCUCUCAAUGAAAGAAGUAGUCGCUCACACAGUAUUGUGACAGUUCAUGUUCGAGGAGUGGAUUUAAAAACUGGAGCUACUUUGCGUGGUUCUCUUCAUCUGGUAGAUCUUGCUGGAAGUGAGAGAGUUGAUCGUUCUGAAGUUACUGGAGACAGGCUCAAGGAAGCACAACAUAUCAACAAAUCUUUGUCUGCUCUUGGAGAUGUCAUAUUUGCUCUAUCACAGAAAAGUCCUCAUGUACCAUAUAGAAACAGCAAGCUUACUCAAGUCCUGCAGAGUUCUUUAGGUGGACAUGCAAAGACACUAAUGUUUGUACAGAUAAAUCCUGAUGCUGGAUCUUAUUCAGAGACUUUAAGUACCUUGAAGUUUGCUGAAAGAGUGUCUGGAGUGGAGUUGGGAGCUGCUCGGAGCCAAAAAGAUGGCAAGGAUGUCAAAGAUUUGAUGGAACAGGUGGCAUCUCUUAAAGAUACUAUAGCAAGGAAAGAUGAAGAAAUUGAGCAGUUACAAUGGCUCAGAGAUACAACGAAUCAGUCUCCUAGUGUAAAUAGUGAAAGACAAGGUGGUAACGCAUUAAAACAUUCAUCUUCUGCUCCUGGCAUUUCAUCACGAAGUGGGACUGUGCAACAGGGCUGGAGGCUGUCAGGUGGAAAAGUAGUGAUUUCUAAUAAUAAAGCAGCUUCAGAUCCUGAAAAUUAUUCAGACCACAGUGAUAAGCAAUCUGAAUCUGGUUCACAUCAGUCCACAGAUGAUUUGAAGCACCAAAAGGAGAUCUCAGGCCAACCUAAGCUCACUGAAGAUGACCCAGGUCAGAGUUCUGCAGAUCUUGAGCUUUUGGGCUUUGGAGAUGCCGAUUCAGAGGAACGAUUAAGUGACAUAUCAGAUAGUGGUCUUUCCAUGGGAACAGAAACUGAUGGUUCAAGCAGUGUCAUUGAGCUUACUCUCUUUCCUGAGCAAUGCAAACCAACAGAGAUCACAAAAGAGAAAACAACGCCAAAAGUUCCAACUCGAAUACCAAAACCACCUCCACAAAAAAUUGGGCAAACAACAUCAACACGACAAAAACUAAAAGAGACUCCGAAGUCACCAAGUUUAAGAAAAAGCGUGGCCAGCCAAGGGACAGCAUCUUCAGCCAGGCUUGCAAAACGUUGGCAGUAGAGCAAGUUUUUUUUGUGGGAUUUCCUUGUUCUAUAUUGAUACAAUUUUGUAAGUGAUUUACACAGCAUUAAAGCAUGUUUCUCUAACAACCACAGUGCUUUGUAGCUUACUUUCUGAUUCCACAGUGCCAAGUGUGAUGCCCUGUAUUACUAUGUAGCCUAUGUACUUUAUAAUUCAUUAUUAAUGAUCAUUAUAGAUGAUCUUUUGUUUUUGCAUA